CAGCAAUCAAUGAAAAACCUUCACCUGGAUGUUAAGCAGUCUGUUUUAAACAAAGCAUUGUAUAGUAAAGAUGAAGAGACGUUAAUAGGAACAAUAGCAUCUACAAGUCAGCCAAACCAACAGACAUUCCAAAAAUUAUUGACGACAAACCCAACUGUGUUCAAUCCUUGUCGAACUGAUAAAUGUCUCUUCAAUCAUUGGUUACUUAUGAAACAGUAUCAUUUGCUUCCUGACCAAUCAGUGCAACCAAUGCCAAGAGGAGACCAUGUUUUGAAUUUCUCUGAUGCUGAAGAAAUGAUAGAUGAUACUUCAUUACAGGACCCUAAAGAUGAGAUCUUAGAUCAUGGUAAAGUCUUAGUUGACAAUGUAACUGGUGUAAGUCCACCUGACUUUGACAAUCAAACGUUAGCAGUGUUACGAGGACGGUUGGUGCGCUAUCUUAUGAGAUCCAGAGAGAUUACCCUAGGAAGAGCUACCAAAGUAAACAAUAUAGAUGUAGACUUAUCAUUAGAAGGACCAGCAUGGAAAAUAUCACGGAGACAAGGUGUGAUCAAACUACGCAAUAAUGGUGAUUUCUAUAUUGCAAAUGAAGGCAAACGACCAAUAUACAUUGAUGGUAAACCUGUGUUAAAAGCAGAGAAAGCAAAAUUAAAUAAUAAUUCAGUAGUUGAGAUAACUGGUUUGAGGUUCAUUUUUCUUAUUAAUCAAGACUUGAUCAGUAUCAUCAGAGCUGAAGCAGCAAAGAUGGCUGUGUAGAUGAUGUCUCUCAUUGUAAGUACCAAAGAUGGCUGUAAAUAUAGAUGUUACCAUGAUUGAUGUCUGGUAGUUAUGCUAAAUCUGCCGAGGUGCUUUCCGUUCUAGCAAUUCAUUUGUGCUAGCAUUUCGACUGCAAUAAAAGUGUAUUCAAUUGUGUUAUA